GCGGGCGGGAACGGCGCGGGAGGCCGCGUCUCCGGAGCCUUGGUGACCGUGGCGGCCGGCGACGCGAGCCCGAAGGGGUUAACCGGAGCCGGCGGACGGGAGAGCGCCGGGUUCCCGCGCGCGAGCCCGGCUCAGCCGGCGGGGACGCGCGGGCGCGGGGAUGGAGGACGGCGCAGCCGGGCCCCCGCUCAGGGAAGCGGCCGAGGCGGCUGAAGCGCGAGCGCGGCCCGGGGCCACCCUGCGACCCUUCGCGCCGUUCUCGGGGGCGGCCGAGGCCGACGAGGGCGGCGGCGACUGGAGCUUCAUCGACUGUGCGAUGGAGGAGGUGGACCUGCAGGACCUGCCCAGCGCCACCAUCGCCUGCCACCUGGACCCGCGCGUGUUCGUGGACGGCCUGUGCCGGGCCAAAUUUGAAUCCCUCUUUAGGACAUAUGACAAGGAUAUCACCUUUCAGUAUUUUAAGAGCUUCAAACGAGUCAGAAUCAACUUCAGCAACCCCUUAUCUGCAGCAGAUGCCAGACUCCAGCUACAUAAGACUGAAUUUCUUGGAAAAGAAAUGAAGUUAUAUUUUGCUCAGACUUUACACAUAGGAAGUUCACACCUGGCCCCACCGAAUCCAGACAAGCAGUUCCUCAUCUCUCCACCCGCCUCUCCGCCAGUUGGCUGGAAGCAAGUGGAAGAUGCUACUCCUGUCAUAAAUUAUGACCUUUUAUAUGCUAUCUCCAAGCUGGGGCCAGGGGAAAAGUAUGAAUUGCACGCAGCCACCGACACCACUCCCAGUGUGGUGGUCCACGUCUGUGAGAGCGAUCAGGAAAAUGAGGAAGAAGACGAGAUGGAAAGAAUGAAGAGACCCAAACCAAAAAUCAUCCAGACCAGAAGGCCGGAGUACACGCCCAUCCACUUAAGCUGAACUGGCCCCUGGAUGAAGAAGUAUUUCAAAUCAUACUCACAGAGAGGAAUCUUUUACUGUGGAAGUGGCCGGCCACAACUUUGGAGGUGGCAGCCAUGAUCGCUGUGGCAGAAAUUCCAGUUCAUGUUGCUCAGGAGAGCAUCAAGGUUCUAAUGCUGUGCAUCAGUCAGUGUCCAUGGCUCUCAGGAAUGUCCGGGGCCAAUCUCUGAGUUUGGGGUGAUCACAAGAGGGCAUUUGGGAAUGUCUUGAGAAAACCAAUAAUGAUAGUGUUUUGUACUUGUUCUUUUCUGGUAGGUUCUGUUUCACCAAGGGCAGGUUGACCAGUGGGUAUGGGAGAGCUUCUUUUUCAAUCGCGCCUACAGGGUAGACUGUCUACUAGUAGGAAAAGGCACCGCUAAAGCCACAAUGCAUUUGGUGCAGAAAAGUUGUGGAAACAGCAAUGCAACAUGGAAAUUGUAGUGUUUCAUUUCUUCCCCUCAUGUUCUAAUGUUCGUGCAUGUAUAUUACUGAUUUUCAGAACUAACCUUUGUUGGUGUAUAGAGUUAGGCCACUGUUGUUUUACAUCUUUUGGGAAGAGAGGAACGCAUUUGAAAAACCUAUCACCUUUCCAGUUCAUGACUCUGUUUGCAGCAGCACUCAAUGUGUGGAAUUCUACCUGGAAUACACUCACUCGGCAUCUUACCCGAUGCAACAUACAACUUGUGCUUUUGCAAAAGAAGUGGACCUGAAAUUCCUAUGGAGAGUUUCGCUUAUAAAAUUCAGAAAAUAGCAGUUUCACUGCCAACUUUCAGUGGGUGAGAAAUUUUCACUUAAGCGUUUGGAAUCAGACAUUGGUUUCAUUGAUUUCUUUGACAUGGUGGUUUAUACACAUGUACGGUAGCCAAAAACCUUUUUUGGGAACUGUCAGUUGAGAUAGUUCAUUUUUUUACCCCUCUAAAGCAUCCAGAUAAACUUGUAAAUAAAGUUGAUAGCAUAUAUGUUCUUACCUGUUGUACAUGUGGGUGAAAUAUAUGGCCAUGGAAGAAUAGUGUAAAAUGUAUUAACCUACCUGUGAAUUGUAUGUUGUAGAAAAUGCUGUUAAAACAUUUGCCAGGACUUGAAUUCAAAGCAUGUGAGGUGGGUGGUAGAUGUGCAGUGAGUGAUGUGAGAGGGAUGCAGUGCCUUUCCACAUUAAUUCCUGAUGGAAUCGUUACACUAGAUUAAUGUUUGUGAUUUUUUUUCUAGCUGUAAUAUGUAUGUCCGGUAAAUAGCUAUUAUAUUUUGGCCUUAACCACAGCACCGUAACAAAAUCUGUUGUUUCAAAAUACCUAAUGUAACAGUGCAUGCUCUGGACACUGGGGAGAUGGUUUUCUUUAAGAAGCAAAUACCUUUGGUUGUUCCUAUCAAGAAAUGGACUGAGAGUUCUCAAAACUCUGUUUACAGUAUCCAUGUGGGCAGGGGCAGGUGCGGGAGAGCCCAUUGCAUAGCUGUUCAAGUGUUCCUAGUGAAGUGCUUUUAAACUGGAGAGGCUAACCUCAAAAUAUAUUUUUUAACUGUAUUCUAUAAUAAAUCGACACAAUAUGCUCUUUACGGGAAA